AUGUAUUAAGAAUCCCCUUUAAGAUAUUCUCCAGACUUGCAAAAAUAUAAAAAUGAAUGGGCUUAUCUGCAAGAUUUGCAGAUGAGAAAAUAAGGAGAACUUGUUGAUGAAUAGAAAAAGUUAGAAGACGAAAUUAAAAAAAAUUACAGACAAGAUCUUAAGGUCAGUAUUGACUAGCAUUAGUAAAUUUAAAGGGAGUAGGAAAACGAGAGAAGAAAUGGUACAGGCUAAUAUCAGUCUUUGCAUGAUAGAAUGAUGAAUGAUUACUUUGAGUAAAGAUAAGUGUAGAAUGAAAAGUAACACUAAUAAUGUAGAGAUUUUAAUUAUAGCUUGAUUGAAUAAAAGAGAUAGCAACAACUUAAAGAAAGAGAGCUGGAAAGAAUGGCAGCAGAAAAAAGAAUUAAAGAUGCUGAGGAAUAGGAAAAGAGGUUCAAAGAAAUUCAAUUACAAGAGAAAUACUUUGUUAAAAGUGAACUCCUAAAUGCAAAUCAUGCUCAAGAAGAGAUCAAAAAAAUAGAAAUGGAAAGAGCUAGAGAGAGAAACAAGUAGCUGGCCUAAUCAGAAUUCAACUAGCUUUCUUUGUAAGACUAAAGAAGAGAGCAAUUUUUAGAUUAACUGAAACAGAGGUAUUAUAAAAGCAUGAACAAUCCAGUGCAAAACAUAUACUUAGAAAAUCAUCUUAAGCAAAUCGAAGACAGAAGAAACUUAGAAAAAAAAUUAGUAGAUGAAUACAACUAACGUAGAUUGCAACUAGAAGAAGAAAAGAAAGCUGAAGAGUUUUAACAACGUUAGAAAAUUAAAACAGCAAUAAAUUCAACACUGAAAAACUAGAUGCAAUUGAAAUAAGAUGCUUAAAUCGCUGUUACAAUUGAUAAAAUCAAAUAUCAUGAUUAUUUGCUUUAGAAAGAUAAAGAAGUUUUAGAAUAGCAAAAUGAAGUAAAGUAAUAUCAAGAAGCUAUGAAAAGAGAAUAUUAAAAUGAGCUAAAAGAUUAGAUGUAUCAUAGAACUCACAACAAUAAAGAUUAUAUGGACAAAAGAGAGUUAAAAAUUAACAAAUAAGUUUUUGAGGCUAAUGGUUUGACCCCCUCAAUUCCUGGAAUGUUCCAAGAUCACCAAAGAAUUAAAUAGCUAAAAAUGAUUAAUAAUUGCUUAGGCUACUAGCAUAAAUUAGCUACUCCUGAAAAUAUCUAAAUGUUUUAAAACCCUAGAAGUCGCUUCUAAAGCCAUGAUGAACACCAAAUAGCUCAGAGCCUACCAUAAUCUACAUUGCAUAAGAAUUCUAGCUCAAUAGCUUUACCUUAAGAGCAAAAACCAGAACUCUACAACAACGAUUUUAGUUCACCUGUUAAGUAACCGAUCAACUCUGAAUUAAGAAGAAAUAACAGUGUCUUCCUCUAAUAAGGAAAGAAACUAUUUUAUUGA